AUGCUUCCGAGCGAGAGUGACGCAUGUCGCGGGCAGCUGCAUACGACACCGCCCACUCGCAAACAGGAUGCCAAGCGCGACGCCGCCGCAGCCAAAUCGCGUGAAGCUGGGUGGGGGCGCAAACGGCCACGAUCACUUGAGGAAGCCUUGGAGUAUUCUGAGCGCAAAGAAGAGGAACUCGGGUUUUGCAGCGGUGAACAAAGUGAGUAUGCAGGCCCCAUAGGCCUGGGCUGGGCUUCCGCCCGUCUCUUACCAGGCGACAGCCUUCGCGAUCCGUUGCACUCAUCUUCGAGAUGCAGCUCAUUCUCUGAGUCGAUGCGGCCCAUCAAAAGUGGUUCCAGGCAAAGUGCCACAAGACGUGUAUGGGCUCCUUCGCCCUGUCACUCAGCAAUAGACACACGAGAGACAGGUGCGUUAGCCUUCCCUGAGCUCGAGGACACACGUGAGGGGCAGCAGCAGUCCGGCGGGUCGAGUGGGGAGGACGACGGAGAGGCGCGUCCGCUGGACGAUGAAAUAGUGCGGAGCGUGACAGGGGAGGAACGGUUUGGGGAGAUUGAAAUCCUAGUCGCUCGCGGGCAGAGCCUGACGACUCUAGACUCAGCCAAGGGUGCCUGCGACUGGCAGGCCUUCAAAGUUCUGUCGAGCAUCUCGCUCUCACACAACAUGCUGACAGACAUCACUCCCCUUAUGGUUCUCGCCCCCACGCUUACAGAUGUGAACGUGAGCUUCAACAGAAUUACAGAUCUGUCGCCUCUUUUUUCGUGCAAAGCUCUUCGGCGUCUUUGGGCAUCUCAUAAUCAAGUGUCCUCUAUCGCGGGGGUCCGUAGUUGUCCAUCCCUUGAAGUUUUGAACCUUUUCCAUAACUGUGUCCGAGGACCUUUCGCCUCUCUCGUAAGCGAGAUCUCGCAUCUCGCGCGUCUGACGGAACUUGACCUUGACGCGAACCCAGUUGUGGAUGUUUCCUCGAGGCGCAGCCACCUCACGCAUGAGGAUGUGCCUCACGUGAGAGACGCAGCGAAAGCCCCAGAGGAAAAGGCAGAGGGCGGCACGCGCCACCGAUCCACGCCUUCUCUUUUAAUUAGGGUUCUGCGCUUUGCAAGAUUCGAAAGAGAACUUCGAGUUGGUGUCGCAGUGCUGCCCCACCCUCCGGUUUCUGGGGGCGUCCCCACAUCUCGCCUCAAGGCAGCCGAAAACGACAGGCCGGACAUGACAGCUCGGUCGGGUGGUUUCAAAACGAUGCGUGGUGCAGUGGAGCGACAGAAGGCCAAGGACGAUGCUCUUUCUUUGCCUUGUGAGCCACGUUACGAUGCCCUACCACAGAGCCCCAGUAAAUGCCCGCGAAUCGGCGCUGCCACAGAAGAUAGGCUGGCCUUCUCCGGGCCCUGUCUCUCCCCGCGGGCCACCUUCUCCCCCCAAGGCGACGCCGGCGCCAGCCCGUCUGACAGCAUACGUGCAGUGAUUGGAGAUGGAAGAGACUCGCUUGAUGAAGAGACUGUGAGCGACGCUGACGGCGACGGCACGCCGUGGGAAGCCGCGCCCGAGGAGGCCGACGAGCCCAGUGUGGCCUCUCUGCAGAGGACUGUGGCGCGUCUGAAGCAGGAAAACCAGAAUAUGUACGGGCUCAUGAAAGAAAAUGCCAGACUACGCUCUACGCUCCGCCUCGGGGUCUCUACCUCUUCGCUUGUGAUGGGCGGGAAGAACUGGGCAGGCAUGCGUUUCUGUGGGGCUUUUCGAUGCGGAAGAGCCUCCCCUACAGCGGCACGUCUCAGGUGCUGGAGCGCGCGGAGAGUCAUAGAGGAAGACACACGAGAAGAUCCAUUCGAUUCGGACGGCCGUUUGCGGCAAACGAUGAAACCGAGGCCAAGCACGGCGCUGCCAAGCGUCCUCACCACCAUCAUGGAAAAUUUCAUCGCUGUCCCGAGUGAGACCCCCGCCGGCGCUUCGCAAGCCGAUCGUCCCCCGACUCCGGGCCCGCCAGGCGUCUCGCCUCUUCUGCUUCCUCGAGGAACUGCGAGUGCAGGGCUGCCUCAAAGCAUGCGCAAGCCAGCGCCCCUGUCGCUCAGCCUUUCGUAUAGCAGACGAGGCAACGAGUCGAUGCGAACAGACCCUGGCGGCCACAGCGUCCCGAAGGCCACGGAGAAGGACAUGGGCGCAGCAGAACAGGGGAAAGAUCCGGGCGCUGCGGGUGCAGCAGAUGCAGAGUUGGGCGCGGCGCGACAAGAAGAGGAAACUGAAGAUGCGGAGAAAGUCGGUGCCGAGGUGGAGGCCGAGAUGCUGCGCUGGGAGAACGGCGUUCUCAGAAAAAGGCUCGACCGCCUCGUGGCUUACGUGGAGCUUCUCAGAACGGAUCUGGCCCGAAUGAGAAGAACGAAACUCCGACGGGAAGAACACAGCGACGGGCGACAGCGAACCACGAGACCUUCGACGUCGACAGUCUUGCGCCUCUCAGCUGCACAGCACUCCCCUGAAAACACAAAAUACAAGUUUAGAAACUUAAAUUCCUCAUGCGACAGUCCGGGGAGACCUGCAGGAAGUACGGCGCGCGACCUGCAGAGUGAGGGAGAGAGCGCGGAGAAGGAAUCCAGCGACAGCGAAGAUGAUGAGAUGUCGCCUUCGUCUCUUUUUGCUCUUCUGGCUGACCCGCCAGCUUCGCUAAGCGCGUCGCUGGCUUCCAAGGUUUCACUGGCUUUCGCGAGGGGUGCGGCAGACCGCUUCUCUGGACGACGAGAAGAGGCCACAGCCGCAGAUGUUCCAAGUCAGUCAGAUGCCUCAAGAGGCACGGGAGCGCAGAGCGAAACACAAAGGGACGGUUGUAGGGAGGACACGACAGAAGUGAAAGACGCUAGCCUGGGCCGGAGAAGAUGGGAAGACAGCAUCUACGGCGCGACAGAAGAAAAGAGAGAAGAUAACGAAGCCAGGAUAGCGUUGGAGGCGGAAGAGGAAGAUCCCGACAUCGAAGACCUGCUCCGAAGAAACGAGGAGAACUUGAAGGCCCUGCGCCAAGAUCUCCGAGAAACGGAAGAAAUUCUCUCGCGCCCUGCUUCCGCAGCCUCGCCUUCUGCGCCUCCUGUGUCGCAGCGCAGCUCCUCUGCCUCCUUGCCGUCCCGUCUAACCCUCCGCGCCUCGCCGCGGAGUCCGCAGACGCCCUGCAGUGCCUCCUCGGCACCGGUGCUGCGUGGCGGCAGCCUGGACAAAGAGCGCCGCAACGCCCCAGGAAGACCUUUCGCUGCAGCUAUUUCCUCUUCGCUGUCUGCGUCCUUCUCUUCUCUAGCCUGCUCCCUUCCUCCUGCGCCUCUGCGGAGCCUCCAAGGCGCCGAGGCCGGGCGGGCCUUGUCGUCGCGUUUGUCUAGUCGGUUUCCCGCCGCAUACGUUUCAAGCGAGAAAGGGAAAAGCAAAGCGGAAGGUGCACGAGCGGCUGAGAAUGAAGCUAAGGCAACGCUGCCCUGUCGCUCUUCCAGCGCGCUCUCUGGCCUAUCCGCGAGUCGCACACCGAAACAGGAGCCCACAGGCAAUGCCGCAGCGUCUCGCUCUCCGCAAGAAAGCAACACGCUUCUGAAAAGGCAGCACUCGCCGGCGCCAGGGGGUGCCCUACGCCACACACGGCACAGACCGAGCGACGGCGUUGCUCUCAGAAGCCCCGUGAAGGGAGAAACAGAGAUAAAGGGCGGGCAAACACUCAUUGUCUCGCCGAAAGCCCCGAAUGCCAACGGCACGCGCUGCGACACUGAGGAGCUGAAGAAGCGAGUCUCCUCGGAGUUUCGCGCACACGCGGCGGCUCAUGCUUCGUCAGCUACACUCGCUCUGAAGCAAAACCGAAGCAGCACUCGCUCUCACGGUCGAAUAAUGAGCACGCGCAACGCGUCUCGUGCAAGGGAGUGCUCACGGGCAAAGCGAUAG